GCUCUUUUCGAGAAUCGUCUACCUCCACACUCCAUUUUAGUGAACCUAAACACAAAGCCAGCAGUCCAAGCAUUCCCCUUGGUUCUGCCGAUUUCCCGUCCAUGGCGGUCAGCCUCUGCUCCGUCCGCCGCCUCCGCCUCAGCAGCAUCUAGGCAUCCACCGUCUGUCGCAGUUGGUUCACCCCAGAUUAAGAACGAUGAACGGCUUUUGUUCCCCUCCUCUAAGUCUCACGAAGACUUGUUCGGGAGAAGAGGAGGUAAUAAUCUGGUUUUCAGGGUUUCUUGCGCGACUCGCCGCAGUGGAGGAAGGGAGGGUCGCGACUCAGCGGAGGGCAGCCAGAGGCGACGACCAAAAAUAAGCGGGACUUGUGUCGCUGACGAUGAGGGAGGGCAAAGGGGAGGGUUUAUUCAGAACUACUCCCAAGGCGGAAGGGGUAGGCGAAGGCUGAGAAGGCAGAGAGGGAGAUAGGAUAGAUCAUUAUUUUUUUUUAUGGAUGGGAGAAUGUUUCCAUGGGGUUACUAGGAAGCUAAUGCAGGUUGUGGGUCUGUUAUGUGGUUAGGAAAGGCGAGGAGAGUUUGAGGGGGAAAAUAUUGUAUUUGAC